AUGCAAACCGAUGUGAACCAAGAUCUCGCACCUCAAGACUUACCAACAACCGCUUUUUUGGAUCAAGUCUUAACAGAAAUUGAAUCCAAUAGUCCUUUAAAUCUUGUUCCUGUAACUGAUGUCAUUCGGCAAGUUUUCGUGACGCGUGUUUCGUUUAUAGAACGUAAAUGUAUGAAAACUUGGUUAUUUUCACGGCUUGUAAAGCUGGGUGUAUCCCCAUUUUAUCUCUUUAUUAUUCUUAUUAUAAUUUCAAGUUUAACGAUGAGGCACAUGUACAAAAAUUCGGUCUAUCUCCUUUGUAAUUUAGUUGGUGUGGUUUAUCCUGCUUAUCGUUCAAUCAAAGUCAUUCAUCAACUACCUUCAAAUGAAAAUGAAUUAAUUGAAGAACAAAAACAGUGGUUAACUUAUUGGACUGUUUAUGGAUGGCUUCAAAUAGCCGAUUAUUGGUCAACUAGACUUCUUAGCUUGUUACCGGGUUAUAAUUUUUUCAAAUUAAUAUUUCUAUACUGGGCUCAAAAUGAUCAAUCAAAAGGUGCUACUUUACUUUUUGAACACGUUUUGCGACCAUUGUUACGUAAACCACAACCUAAAUUAAAUACGACUGUCCAAAAGCAACAAGCAACAAAGUGGCAACAAAGUGAUCAAAAACGAUUUGUCAAUAUGGAUGAUAAUUCCUCAGCUUCUUCAAAAGUUGCUUAUAAAAAUGACCUUUCGCCUGAAGAAAUUUGGAGUCGCAAUCCAGGAGAGCGUGAAAGCGAGGUUCAACCAUAUCGUUUAAAUCAUGCUACUUGA